UAUAUUUAUGCAUACAUAUAUCUAUAUACAUAUUUAUGUGUUGGCAUUUUAUCCUAUACAGUUUGUCACUGUUCCUUCCAAGUAUAAUUCUUCUAGCUACCCAGGUGAUAAUAAUAAUUUUUAAGAGUUAUCAAUGGUCUCUUUUCUUUCAGGGAUACAUAUCAUUUUAACUCAUUGGGUCCCUUAAGAAAAAUUUGUUUAUUGUUUUGUUUUGUUUUUUCCCCUCAUUUCUUAAUUACCUUUUGAUGAUUCUCUUGUCUUCUGUGUUUGGGCAUCAGAUUUUCAUUUCAGAUCUGGCCUUUUCUUUACAAAUGCUUGGAAUUCUUCUCUUUUAUUAAAUGACCAUACUUUCCCCUGCUAGAAUAUAGUCAGUUUUGCUGGGUAGUUGACUCUUGGUUGUUGACCUAGUUCCCUUGUUUCCCAGAAUAUCAUAUUCCAUGCCUUUCAGUCCUUCAAUGUAGAUACAGCCAGAUCCUGUCUUAUCCUCACUGUAGUUCUAUGGUAUCUGAAUGACUUCUUCUUAGCAGCUUGUAAUAUUUUUCCUUGGUCUUAUAGAUCUUGAAAUUGGUUAUAACAUUCCUGGGUAUUGUCAGUUGGGGAUUAAGUACAGGAGUUGAUCUGUGGAUUCUUUCAAUCUCCACUUUUCCCUCUUGUUCUAAGAAUGUUGGGGCACUUUUACUGGAUAAUUUCCUAUAGGAUGAUGUCCAGGAUUUUUCUUUUGUCAUGGUCUUUUGGUAGACCAAUGAUUCUUAAAUUGUCUCUCCUGGAACGAUUUUCUAAAUCUUCUCUUUUGUGAAUGAGGUGUUUAAUAUUUUCCUCAAAUUUUUCAUUCUUUUGAUUUUGUUCUAUAGUUUCCUGCUGCCUUGUAAAGUUGCUUGCUUCUAAUUGUUGUAUUCUGGUCUUUAAAGACUGAAUUUCAUCCCUGGCUUUUUGAUCAUCCUUCUCCUUCUGGUUUGAUUUUCUUUGGAUGUCAUCUUUCAUCUUCUUUGUCUCAUAUUUCAUUUUCUUUGCCUCAUCUUUUAUCUCCUUUGCCUCAUUUUCAAGGUGGUUAAUUUUGGCUUUCAAGAUACUAUUUUCUGUUUCAGAUGACUUAUCUUCCUUUUUAAUUUCUUUUCCCAGUUGUCUUCAGCCUCUCUUUAUUGCGUUUUGAAUUGUAUUUUGAGUUCUUCCAAAGCCCAUGUCCAAUUCGCUGGAGUUUCUGUGUUUUAGUUUGGUGUUUUUUGAUCUUCCUCUGUUACAUUUGCUCUUUGUUCAUUGCCUGGAUAGAAACUGUUGAUUGUAAUUUCUUUUUUCUUUUUCUAUUUUUUGCUCAUAUUUACCCCUUUCUUUUCCCCCUGUAUUGCCUGUACUCUUGCUCCUCUCAUUAUGUGUUGGAUCUGUGGAUUUGGGCUUUUUUGUCAAUCUUCACCCUUGGAACUUAGGAAGGCACUCAGCGCAGUCUGUGGGGGAAGGGCGUUGGAGCUUGAGCUUCCCUGCUCUCUGAAGGCUUGAUAAGAUUAAGCCCAGUAGAGUUGAACUUGUAGAGCUGGAUGUGCACUGAGGCCAAAACCUCAGGAAAGGGGGGAAAUAUGGAGUGUCUUGGCUGAGACUAGGCUGCCUGCUCUGAGCUUCUUCUCCAGCAGCUUCCCCACUGCCUUUGUUCUGUACCCUGAGUGUGGCACAGCUUUGCCCACAAGGUACUCCCUCUAGACUAGUGCCCUUGCUUGCUCAGAGAUUCCAGCCACUGCUGGAGGCUCAGUACUGUAGGGUCCUGGGACCUUCCUCCUUCCUUCUCCUUAAACCUGAGUGUUCUUAAAUUCAGGCUUUUUGGGGGUGUAACUUGAGUCCAGCCAAAGAUUCAUUGGCUCUGUUCUGUUGUUAGGUUUGGUUUUCAGUCCCCUAGGAGCAUUUUGUUUUUAAUCAGUAAGGAAGGGUUUUCAGAGGUCUGAACUUUUGCUGCCUCUAUGCUUCAUCUUGACUCUUGGUAUUAUUUUUAAAUAGCUCACGAUAGAAACUUUGCUUGAUAAGAUUUUCAUUGUUUGCUCAUUUCCCCAGCCUAUUUCUUGACUUUUAACUUCAUGUUAAAGUUAUGUUAUGUUAAACAUUUUUAAGGACAGUGUUUCUACUUAAUUACAAUGAGAAAAAAAGCCUUUAUGUGAUUAGAAAAUACAAAAUUGAUCUUUCUUUUUCUUUUUUUUAAACGUUGUUAAAGUUGGACUCUGCUCUUGGGUUGUAGGGGACACUGUCCCAAGCUUCAAGAUUUUGGUGUGGCUGUUUUCAAAGCUAGUUCUAAAAGUCUGUAGGUUUUUAAUGCUUCCAAAGUAUUUUGAUCUAAGGAGAGUUGUGAUCACUUGGCCUGUACUCUUUUCUAUGAGCAACCACUAACAUAUUUUUUUCAUUUUGGAACUGUGACUAAUGUUCCCAUUCACCUUCAGUCAUAUGCUUCAAUGUGCUCCUUCUUGCUCAGGAAUUAUGUAUGGCCAAUGCAACAGAGUUCUAUACCAGUGCCAACAAAGGGUCCUGUUAAAUACUUUUUGACUAGUUGUCCAAUUCCCUUAUCAUCUGUGGGCUGAGAGUUCUGGAAGCUCCUGCUGCUGAUUAAGUCACUUCAAGGCAGGGUCUGCACUUACUGUACUCUCCUCUCAUCCCAGUGAGACAGACCUUUCCUCCUAACUUUCAAAGUUGUCUUUUGAAGGAAAAUUGUUUCACCCUGUCAUUUUGUUGGUUCUUCUGAUCCAGAAUUCAUCUUGGGCUAUUAUUUUAAAGUUCUUUGAAGGAGAAUUUGGGAGAAUUUGCCUUUCCACCCUAGUCUUCCAUAGUAUGAACUUAAUAUACACUUAUUCUCUUCCUUAACCAUUCAUCUCCUCUCAAGUGGGCUAUUGUAAUAGCCUACUAACUUAUCUUUCUCUAUCCAGAUUCUUUCUUCUAUAGUUUGUCUUUCAUUUAGCUGUCAAAAUAAUAUUGAUUUUAAUUCUGCUCAUGUUAUUCCCUUGUUCAAAAAUUUCCCUGUUGCAUAUUACAUUAAAGACAAAUUUCUUGGUCUGGCAUCAAAUGCUUUUUACAAUAUGGCUCUACUCUAUUUUUUAAGGCUUAUUUCACAUUAUUCCCUUUCAUGCAUUUUAUUCCAUCGAAACUAGAAUAAUAGCUGAACCUUGUCCUCAUUCUGUGCUCUCCUGUCCCCCAACAUGUGUAGUCCCAUGCCCCAAGAGUGAUUUAACUCUUCCCUUUACCCCUGCAUAGCCCAACUUAGGUUUCACCUUCUACAUAAAGGCUUCAUUGAUUUUCUCACCUGAUAGUGUUCUCUCAUUCCUUCAAUUCUCUUGGAGCAUUUUGUCGCACUCUCUUUUGUUCCUAUUUCACAUUCAGCCUCAUCUUGCAUCUUUUUUUGUGUAUAUCCCAUAAUUUCUCUACUAAAUUAUAAACUCUUUGAGGACAGAGUAUUAUGAAAAAAAGUCUUCAUAUUUCCAGAACCUAGUCCACCUUCUUGCACAUAGAAGGAAUUAAUAAAUAAUAACUGUGCUUAAUUCAAUUUGGCAGUGUUCUCUCAUUAAAGUUCUUUUUAUCUCCAAGACUAGUGAAGUAGUCACCAGCACUUUUAUGAUAGGUAUUCCUACUAGGCAGAGAGAAAAUGAUUAUCCUCCUCUGUGAAAAAAAAAUUAAAGCCCUUAUUACUCAGAAAUGUUAUUCUGGUGCAUUUUAGAUACCCUAGGCUCACAAUAAGAAGAAAACAAUUAAAAAAAAUUUCUAACCAAAAAUGUCUGUGUGCUUUAGAAUCAGUUUAGAAGUCUUAGAGAGGCAGUUUUCUUGAAAUGAAUGAACAAAAAGCAUUUUUUAAGUGUUUACCACUUAUGCAAAACCUGGUACUAAGAAUUGGAGACACAAAUGGGAAAGCAAGACAAUUCUUGCUCUUGAGAAGCUCUCAUUCUAAUGGGGGAGUUUUUGGGUUGUUUCAAUCAUAUCUGACUCUGUGAUCCCAUUUGGGAUUUUCUUGGCAAAGAUACUGCAGUAGUUUCCAAUUUCCUACUUUAGUUCAUUUUACAGAUGAGGAAACUGAGGCAAAAUUGUUAAGUGAUCUGCCCAGGAUCAUACACUACUAUGAAUCUAAGGUCACAUUUGAACUUAGAUCCUUUUAUUUCUAGGAGCAGUGCUCUAUCCACUGCAUCUCCUAACUGUUUUAAAGACAACACAUAGAGUAAGUUUCUAGAGCAAGUCAGAUGGAAAGACCUCAGGGUCUUUAGGAUGUAAUGGCAAAUGGUACAGCUAGUGUUCUAUGAUAUUGUUAUCUUUUUGCACACAUGUUUAGGUGAGGACUAUGUAUUAAAGUAGCAUUGCUAGAUUAUCAUAGGUAACCUAUUUGCAUGUUAAAGGAUAUGUUUUCAUGAAAAUAUCUCCUUUUCAAUGAAAACCAUUGGAAAUACAUCUAGAUCCUGAUUAGUGUGUAGAGAAUCUCCUAAAGUAGUUGAAUUAUUCAAGUUUACACUGCAUAUUUCCACUGGGCUAGAACCAAUCACCCAAUUUCACUUAUUUAUAACUUUGAAUAGUGUGAAUUUGAAUGUAUGUCAUCACAGUGAAUUAUUUUCAUUAACUGGGAUCUAUCUGUAUCUAGAAGCUUUAGCAUUUUGAACAUAUAAUUUCAAGUUCAAAAUUUAAAUAAAAAAGAUCCCCGAAUAUUCUAAUUUUCCUAGUCUUUUGCAACACAAAAUAAAUUAUAGGAGAAUAUAAACAAAAAUCUUAUGUUAGGUAGGCAAUUUUAAUUUUAAAAAGUAUCCAUCCUGUCCAUGUCAUUUCCCUGUUAAAAAAUGUAUAUAUAUAGAUUUUAUAGAUGUAAGAUUCUAUGCAUAUAGGUAUUAUAAGAGUUUUAGAGUGCUUUAUAAACAUAACUCAUGUUAUCAUAUCUUGUACACAUGCAUGCUACCUAAAGAGAGAAAUCUAGAUCUCACCCAGAAAUAUCCAUAUUUCCUAAGUUGUUAUUUUGAAUCUGCCCAAGUUUAUCUAGCUGUUUUUUUGUUUGUUUUUUUUUUUUUUUGCUUCAUGACUAUGGGUCUUCAUAAAAUGCACCACCCACCUCUGCUUCUUCAUCUUCCACAUGUUCAUGCUCUCAUCCUUCAAACCCAUAGAUUAUUUCACUGUUUUGGUUAACAUUUAAGUUCAUUUUCAGAUUCAGUUGUUUUUUUUAUUUAAUAAUGGAACCAUAGUGGGAAGGGAAAUCAUGAUGCAGAAAUCCUUGUUAGCAGGUUGGACAUUCUGCCUGAAUAACCAGAGUGAAGAAUGAGGAGAAUUUGUGACUGGCUAGGGAGCUGCCACCUGCAGAAAAAGGAUCUCCAGGCGGAGACUUUGGAUUUUUAAAGAAGAAAGUCAAUAAUCGGACAAUCUGAAUGUUGAAACAAAUUGCCAUGGUUGGAACCAAUGAUUGCUAAAUCUUUAGUAUUAGCAACCAGGGGAAGUGGUAUGAUGUGUGUUCUCCACAGGAAAUAGAAAACACCAGCUGAACCACGUAGUAGAACAGUGGAACCACCACAUUUGAACUCUAACAUCUCAGUCCCUGAUGUACUAUAUGAGGAAGUGGAAAUGGCACCAAAAAGAUGAAGAUGAAGGAAAAAAACUGGACCAGACCAAGUAUACACAGAGGAAAUCCUUGCUGGAGGCAACACAAUUUUGAAGGCAUUAAGGGACUUAUUUCCAAGGAAGCAACAAGACAAUCAUGUAUAUUAAAACUCUAAAAUAUGCAGGUUAUUGCAUCUUAGUGAGAAUAGCAACUGAAACUUCACUCUAGAUGACCAGCAAGAAUCCUGCUGGAUUAGUUCUUCACCCCAGUAUUUCUUCACAGUAGAAAAUACCCCAGCUCCAUUAGUACACUUUGCAGAUUCACCCAGCUUGCUGAUGGAAUUUCUUUCAAUGGACAGGACUGUCUUAUUGCAUGAUCCCAGAGACAUUGCCAUCUAAUGCCUAUAGAUUACUGUGUAGAAGGCUCCAAAGAGAAAGAGACACCAGUAAAUUUUCAGAGACCCUGGAAAAAUGGGGGUAACAAAGAUUUAAAAAGCACAGCUUUGGACACACUCCAUGUGUGUGCACAGCUUUCAAGUGAACUAGCACUUAAGACCGUGUGUAACAAAAUGGACUCUGGGGACACAGCUAUAGGGCAAAAAGUUACCUCAAGGUCUGGAGAAUCUGCUAACGUACCGAGUAGAUGGAGACAAGAACAAUCAGCUGUUAUUAAAAUGAGCACUUUUGGCAAUCAAGAAGGACAGAGGCAACCACAAAUAGAUCCUGAGCAAAUCGGAAACACAGCAUCAGCACAACUUUUUGGUUCUGGGAAACUGGCAUCAUCUACUGAAGCUGCUCAUCAGGCUGUAGAGAAGCCGUAUCUGCCACACCGCCCAAGUCCUUUCUCAUGCCAACACUCACUUUCUUUUCCUCAACAUUCGUUGCCACAGGGGUUCAUGCACAGUGGUACCAAGCAGCACCAGAGCCUGGAAGGCCAUCAUCCAUGGCAGUUUCCUGGACACAUGCAAUCAAUUUCCUCUGAGGACUUAUUUCCUUUUCCUAUCCAUGGCCACAGUGGAGGUUUUGCCAGAAAAAAGAUUCCCAGCCUGAACCCUGCUUAUAGCCAAUACGCACAGAAAAGCUUAGAACAAUCAGAUGAUGCUCAUAAGAAAGAACACAAACCUAAAAAGCCUGGCAAGUACAUUUGCCCCUACUGUAGCAGGGCUUGUGCCAAACCAAGUGUAUUGAAAAAACACAUUAGGUCCCACACUGGUGAACGGCCAUACCCUUGUGUACCUUGUGGUUUCUCUUUUAAGACGAAGAGCAAUUUAUACAAGCACAGGAAAUCACAUGCCCAUGCAAUUAAGGCAGGAUUAGUCCCUUUCACAGAGUCAGCCGUGUCUAAAUUGGAUCUAGAGGCCAGUUUUAUUGAUGUAGAAGCAGAAAUACAUUCUGAUGGUGAACAGAGCACAGAUACUGAUGAGGAAAGCUCAUUAUUCGUGGACCGGCCUGGUAACCUGAGUCCGGGACCAUCCAUCCCAUUGGAUAUUGCCAGCAGAAGUGGCUAUCAUGGGUCUUUGGAAGAACCUUUGGGAGGCCCAAUGAAGGUGCCCAUUUUGAUUAUUCCCAAAAGUGGGAUUCCAUUACCUAGUGAAAGCACCCAGUAUAUUGGUUCUGAUGCACUACCAACUCCAUCCUUAAGUACUAAAGCGGAUGACUCUCAUACUGUUAAACAGAAACUUGCACUAAGACUUUCUGAGAAAAAAGGACAAGAUUCUGAGCCAUCUCUAAAUCUCUUGAGCCCUCAUAGCAAAGGAAGCACUGAUUCUGGUUACUUUUCCCGCUCAGAAAGUGCAGAACAGCAGAUAAGCCCUCCAAACACAAAUGCCAAGUCUUACGAAGAAAUCAUCUUUGGAAAGUACUGUCGAAUUAGUCCAAGAAAUGCACUUAGUGUUGCAACAUCUAGUCAGGAGCGCACCAUGAUGGGUAGAAAGAGUAUAAUGGAACCAUUACCUCAUGUAAACACAAGGUUAGAUAUCACAAUGGUUGAAGAUCCCACUUCACAGAUGAUCUCAAGCGAAGGAGAUAUAAUGAAAUCUAGUCAACCAAGUCUUCUGAAAUCUACCAAAUUCAACACUGAGCCCCGACAAUCCCAAACUAUCACAGGAUCUAUCAAAAAUGAAGGAAAAAUUUAUCCAACAAGUCACCAAGGUAGCACCCCAGUUCUCUUAGAAGCACCCACAGAUUCUUCACCACUUAUUAGAAGUAACUCUAUGCCAACUUCUUCAGCAACUAAUUUAAGUAUCCCUCCAUCUUUGAGAGGGAGCCACUCAUUUGAUGAAAGAAUGACUGGUUCAGAUGAUGUAUUUUAUCCAGGAACUGUGGGAAUAACCCCACAGCGUAUGUUAAGAAGACAAGCUGCAUUUGAGUUGCCUUCAGUACAAGAGGGGCAUAUAGACACAGAACAUCAUGGCAGAAUAGGAAAAACUAUUAGUGUUGCUUCUAAUAGAAUGAUAGGGGAAACAGGCCUAUCCCUGAAGGAAAAGAAACUGAUGGCUGGUGAUAGGAUUGGUUAUGACUACGAUGUAUGUCGGAAGUCCUAUAGGAAAUGGGAAGAAUCAGAAGUAACCAAGCAGAGUUUCAGGGAUAUUGCAUGCUUAAGUGGCUUAAAACAUGGAGAAUAUUUUAUGGAUCCCUCAGUGCCAUCACAGGUAGUACCAACCAUGUUUGGAGUCACAUGUGAAACCAGAAAACGCAGGAAAGAAAAGAGUGUGGGAGAUGAAGAGGACACCCCAAUGAUCUGUGGAAGCAUCCCUGGCACUCCAGUGGGCAUGAUAACUUCAGAUUUUGAUCCCAAAUUGCAGAUGCAGGAAGGGAUAAGAAGUGGAUUCACCAUCUCUGGUCAUGAUACCCCUUCCCAUGGUCAUUCUGAGCGUUUUGAACCAUGUAGACCUCCACUGCAGUCUGGAGCCUCAUCAGAAGAAUCAUCCUUAACAGCAGACACUGAAAAGAUGGCAGACCCUACAAAUAGGAAACCUCCCGGAAAUGUGAUUUCUGUAAUUCAGCACACAAACUCACUGAGCAGACCAAAUUCAUUUGAAAGGACUGAAUCUACAGAUCUGGUGGCUAGCCAGCAGGAUAAAACCUAUUCAUCUUCUGAGACUUGCGAGAGUGAGAUUUCAGAAGCCCCUGUGAGUCCAGAGGGUGUCCAACAGGGAGAUAGCACUGAGACAAGGGGGAAACCACCCUCAUCCCAACAACAGCAUCAUCAGCAAUCCUAUCACAUGCAGCCCAGGUUGGUUCGCCAGCACAACAUCCAAGUUCCUGAGAUAAGGGUUACUGAAGAGCCCGAUAAACCAGAAAAAGAGAAAGAGGUACAGAGUAAAGAACCAGAGAAGCCACCUGAAGAAUUCCAAUGGCCCCAGAGAAGUGAAACUCUUUCACAGCUCCCUGCUGAAAAACUACCACCAAAAAAGAAACGUUUACGUCUUGCCGACAUGGAGCAUUCUUCUGGAGAAUCUAGCUUUGAAUCCACAGGAACAAGCCUCUCUCGUAGUCCAAGCCAAGAAAGUAACUUGUCCCAUAGUUCCAGUUUUUCAAUGUCUUUUGAAAGAGAAGAAUCCCUUAAGCUUGUGGCACCUCCCAAACAAGAUGAGUUUGGGAAGCAAUCAGAGUUUUUGACGGUUCCAGGUGGUUCCUACUCACUUUCUGUCCCUGGACAUCACCACCAGAAGGAGAUGAGGCGCUGCUCAUCAGAACAAAUGCCUUGUCCUCAUCCAGCUGAAGUUCCAGAGAUUCGGAGUAAAUCUUUUGAUUAUGGGAAUCUGUCUCAUGCUGCUGUGGCAGGUACGACCCCUGCCACAUUAUCCCCAUCACGAGAGAGGAAGAAAUGCUUCCUGGUGAGGCAGGCUUCUUUCAGUGGCUUCCCAGAAAUCAGUCCAGCUGAACCAGGCAUGGAACAGGGUAUAAAGCAGGAACAGAUGGAGCACAUGCAGGCUGGUCUCAGAUCUGCAUGGCAUCAUUCGUCUUCUGGGCUUCUGCCUAUUCUGGCAGAGGACUCUGGGAAUCAGCUUGGGGCAGGUUCAGCCCACCUAGCCCAGCAGUCAGUCAUGCAUAUGGACAGUCAGGAAACUUUGAGAACUUCCUUAAUCCCUCCAGCACCUUACAUCUCAAGCAAACACCCACCAGAACAGCCACACUUAUUUGCACAUCAAGAAAACAUCCCAUUUUCCCCAAUUCACAAUUCCUUGUUUCAAUUCCAGUAUCCUACUGUCUGUAUGGUUCAUUUACCAACUCAUCAGCCUCUCUGGUGGCAGACAUGUACUGAACCUUUGCAGAGGCAUUUUCAGCCUCCCUUUGCGCUACAGAAAAGUUAUGGCAAAUCCCCUUUCCAGCCAGAAAUUCAUACCAGUUAUCACUUGGAGCAUGCCACUGACCACCUUGGGAAGAAGCCAGAUGAUUAUGCACACACAAAAGAACAAUCUUACCUGCAUUAUUCAGGAAUGUCAGGAGAACCCUCAAAGAAUGCUCUUGCAAAGUUUCAGUCAGACCAUAGUAUCAAGUCAGCUGAUAUGUCUUCUGAACAGCAUCUCCAGGCUGACUUUGACUCCCCAAACUCUGGACCUGUGCAGUCAUUACCUGGAACAGUGGUUCCUGUCAGAAUUCAGACCCAUGUACCAUCAUAUGGCAGUGUCAUGUACACCAGCAUUUCUCAGAUACUUGGGCAGAAUAGUCCAGCAAUUGUCAUCUGCAAAGUGGAUGAGACUAUGACUCAAAGAACAUUAGUCACCAAUGCUGCCAUGCAGGGCAUUGGAUUUAACAUAGCCCAGAUGUUAGGGCAACAUGCAGGCUUAGAAAAAUAUCCUCUUUGGAAAGUACCUCAGACCUUACCACUUGGUUUAGAGUCCUCCAUCCCAUUGUGCUUGGCUUCCAGCUCUGACACUGCCUCUACUCUUGGUGGUAGCAAACGGAUGCUUUCUCCUGCUAGUAGCUUGGAACUUUUUAUGGAAACAAAACAGCAGAAAAGAGUUAAGGAAGAGAAAAUGUAUGGUCAAAUUGUUGAGGAGCUGAGUGCUGUGGAACUAACCAACUCCGAUAUCAAAAAGGAUUUCCCCCGCUCACAGAAGCCUCAGUUAGUCCGACAAGGCUGUGCAUCUGAGCCAAAAGAUGGUUUGCAAUCUGGGUCAUCCUCUUUAUCCUCACUGUCACCUUCCUCAUCUCAAGAUUAUCCAUCUUCCAGUAUGCCAUCCAGCGAGCCACUCCCACUCAGCAGGGAAAAACUUUCUAGCUUUAAUGCAACACCACCAGAGCAGAAAUCCAGUGGCCCUUCUGAAGGCAAAGAAUCAUCAGAUGAAUUAGAUAUUGAUGAGACAGCAUCUGACAUGAGCAUGAGCCCACAGAGGUCAUCCUUACCACCAGGGGAGAUUCAGAUGGAAGAACAAGGGAAGCCGCAGAAAUACCCUGUUGGUAUGUUGGUCCAGAUGGCAUCUAGUCCGAGUGGGAAAAUGGGAAAUUCAACUAUACUUUUAACAGAUGUGGCAGAUUUCCAGCAGAUUCUUCAGUUCCCUAGUCUGCGCACGACGACUACUGUGAGUUGGUGCUUCUUAAAUUAUACAAAACCUAGUUACGUGCAACAAGCCACCUUCAAGUCCUCUGUUUAUGCUUCAUGGUGCAUUAGUUCAUGUAAUCCGAACCCAUCAGGAUUGAAUACCAAGACUACUUUAGCACUUCUGAGGUCCAAGCAAAAAAUUACCACUGAAAUUUAUACUCUGGCUGCUAUGCAUAGACGGGGAACCGGCAAACUCACCUCAUCAAGUGCUUGGAAACAGUUCACUCAGAUGAAACCUGAAGCAUCAUUUUUAUUUGGCAGCAAACUUGAAAGGAAACUAGUAGGAAGUAUCCUAAAAGAAAGAGGGAAAGGAGAUAUUCAUGGAGAUAAAGAUAUUGUAUCCAAACAAACUGAGCCAAUUCGAAUUAAAAUCUUUGAAGGAGGAUAUAAGUCAAAUGAAGAGUAUGUCUAUGUUAGGGGACGUGGACGAGGAAAGUACAUUUGUGAAGAAUGUGGGAUUCGCUGUAAGAAGCCCAGCAUGCUCAAAAAGCAUAUUCGCACCCAUACUGAUGUACGGCCUUAUGUAUGCAAGUUAUGUAACUUUGCCUUCAAAACGAAAGGAAAUCUAACAAAGCAUAUGAAAUCUAAAGCACACAUGAAAAAAUGUCUGGAGCUGGGAGUAUCAAUGACAUCAGUGGAUGAUACAGAAACUGAAGAAGCAGAAAACAUUGAAGAUUUGCACAAGGGAACAGAGAAGAGUAGUAUGUCAGGCAUUUCAACUGACCACCAAUUCUCAGAUGCUGAGGAGUCUGAUGGUGAGGAUGGGGAUGAUAAUGAUGAUGAAGAUGAUGAUGAUGAUGAAUUUGAUGACCAAGGAGACUUGACACCAAAAACAAGAUCAAGAAGUACUAGUCCACAACCCCCCAGAUUCUCCUCAUUGCCUGUAAAUGUUGGGGCUGUACCCCACAGGGCUCCUGCUGAUGUCUCAAUGGGGCAUUCCUCACUGAUCAGUUACUUAGUUACUUUACCUAGUAUUCAAGUCACCCAACUUAUGACACCAAGUGACUCAUGUGAAGAUACACAGAUGACAGAGUAUCAGAGGUUUUUCCAGAGCAAAAGUACUGAUUCGGAGCCAGACAAAGACAGGUUAGAUAUACCCAGUUGUAUGGAUGAAGAGUACAUGCUUUCUUCGGAACCUAGUUCCUCUCCUAGGGACUUUUCUCCCUCAAGUCGACAAUCUUCACCAGGAUAUGAUUCUUCGCCCUGUCGAGAUAAUUCACCAAAUAGGUAUUUAAUGCCCAAAGGGGAUUUGUCACCCAGAAGACAUUUGUCACCAAGGAGAGAUCUUUCUCCCAUGAGACAUCUUUCACCCAGAAAAGAAGCUGCAUUGAGGAGAGAGAUAUCAUCAAGAGAUGUUUCACCAAGGCGCCAUCUUUCACCAAGGAGGCCUUUGUCACCUGGGAAAGAUAUAAUGGGUAGACGAGAUCUCUCACCCAGAAGAGAGAGAAGAUAUAUGACCACCAUUAGAGCACCGUCACCCAGAAGGGCUUUAUAUCAUAAUCCACCAUUGUCCAUGGGGCCGUAUUUGCAAUCCGAGCCAGUUUUGUUGGGACCUACUAACUUAAGAAGAGGAUUACCUCAGGUUCCUUACUUCAGUCUCUACGGGGACAAAGAAGGUGCUCAUGAACAGCAAGGUUCUAGCCUUUUCCCUGAAGGUCCCAAUGACUAUAUCUUUAGUCAUCUUCCACUCCACUCUCAGCAACAAGUGCGAGCUCCUAUCCCCAUGAGGCCCAUCGGUGGGAUCCAAAUGGUCCACUCCAUCCCCGCGGCCCUUUCAGGUUUACAUGUUCCGCCCACAAUGCCUCUGCCAAUGGAGGGCUCUGAGGAAAAGCAAAGAGCCGCAGCUGAAACCAUUGCUAGAGAACCCUACAGCAUCUCCCAGUCUCACGAGAAACGUUCUUCUCACGCCUUGCACUUCUCCGCUCCGCCCAGCACAUCUUCCUCCCCCCUGCUCCUGCUGAAACAGAGCACUUCAGAAGACAGUCCCAGUGCCCCAGAGAGGGAACAGGAGGAGCCCAUACAGACAUGUACAAAAGCCAUCGCCUCUCUCCGCAUUGCCACAGAAGAGGCCAAUCUGCUUGGGGCAGAUCAGCCAUUGAGGGCGCUGGAGCCUCAUCAGAAACCCUCCGAAAGUGCACAUUUUAGCAUUAGACACUUUAGUGGACCUGAGCCAGGCCAGCCCUGUACCUCAGCCACCCACCCUGACUUGCACGAUGGUGAAAAGGACAACUUUGGUACAUCACAGACUGAAUUAGCUCAUUCCACAUUUUACAGUAAGAGUUGUGUGGAUGGCCAACAGUUAGGUUUUCACAGCCGCAAAGAUUUACCUUCAAGCACACAGGAAGUUUUACCAGAGUGCGACUGCUGUGAUUGCUACAGCUUCUUGGAUCACCAAAUCGAGUUUCAAGUGUAUGGCAAUGUGUUGUUUGGGAUGCUUCUUAAUGUCUUCUUAAUCAUGUCUUUUCCAAAUGAGGAUGCAGAGUUUGGUAAUUCGCACAGGAGUGGUGUGAACAAAAUUCUCAUUGUAGGAUUAAAUUCGAGUCAUGAACAUAAAGCGUAA